ACGAGCAAAACCGACGAGAGCACGAGCACAGUUCAUCGAGACGAGCACGAGCACGGUUAAGCGAGACGAGCACGAGCACGAUCCAGCGAGACAAGCACGAGCGAAGCCCGACGAGAUGCGCACACGAGCGAGAGAGCCGGCGAGUCGUGGAUCGACGAGACGAGCGUGGCCGUCGAUGGGAUCGGUGCGACGGUGGACCACGAGACGGGACGAGCGCGAGGAUGGCGGCGGGCUUUGCGGUGCGUUCGGUCAGCAUGCAACGAGUAAAUGGAAAGCUUACGGGACUGAUAGCAUUCUCGACAUGCACGGUGGCGCCGAGCGCACGCGGUCGACACCGGCCCCGGCUUACCCCCCAUCGCAGCAGCUCGGACGUCGAGCGCGAGCGCAAAUGAUUUCAUUCGCCUUCUCCGUCGAUACACGGGACAUCUACAUAAACUCGCUCGGUGACUACCAUCAAGCUCAAGCUAAUCGCGGACGCGCGGUGAGUGAGAAUGCGGGUACUGACGCGGGGCCUCUCCCCUUCCGUUCCCCGUCCUUGCUCUCCCCGCCUCCGUUCUCCCCUCGGCUCGGGAGAAGGGAGGAGGGGAGAGGGAGGAAGGGGAAGGGAAGGAGGAGAGGAAGGGGGAGGAGGAGGAGGGGAGGGAGGGGUACUCACCAGAGCCAAUCCCGCCCUGUCGGAUGGCCGAAAACGCGCAGCUUAAGCGCUCGCUCCGCUCGCGCGACGCAAAGGGGGGAUGGAGCUCUGGGCCGGGCGAAAAAAGUGGAUUUUCGGGAAUUGCCGAACGGUCUUUUAGGGGAGGGGUAGGCGGGCGGGGCUAGGGUAGGCGUAGCGGUAGGCGUAGAGUGAAUACGACGAUGAGGAGAUGGACAAGGCGG